CGUCCAUUUCUCAAAUUCCCUCCUCCCCCUUUUUCUGUCUCUCCAAACAAUACAAAAAGAAAUCUCUCUCGCGCUGCGCCAAAGAAAAAAUCAGGGGUGUUCUUCAAAGUUUCAGGUGAUCGUCAAAUUUACGCGAUUUCAAUGAAUUUUACUCAAUUGCUUUUUUCUGGUGUUUUGGUUCGAUAUCACUGCAUUUUUAAUCGUUUUCUGCUUUUUCAAGCUUCAGUACUUUCAUCGCAAAUGCUAAACUACAACGGUUCAACUGUCUAUGGCGACCUCGCAGCCAAACAACCAAACGAUCACCAGAGCAACGGAGUUUACUCUUCCUCCACCACCUCCUCCUCCGCUGCCGCCGCCACUUUCUUCUCUUUCUACCAUCCCCGCCUCCUCAUGCAACAACAUCAAGAUAUGAUCAACCGCCACAGCCUCUGCCUCACGCGCCUCCACGAAGCUGCAAAAGAAAACGAGGCACUACGCCAAGAGAAUACCGCUUUGCGAUUUGUCAACCGUAACCUCAACAAGCAACUCAGCGCACUGAUCCAAGCCUCUGUUCAGAAUCACUUCGCAUCGUCUGAUUACAGCACGACGCCGUUCGAGUUGGUGAAUGCAUUGCAAGGGCUUUGUCUCGGUGGUGGCAGCGUAGGAGAGGAAGAGGUUUCUGAUAAGAGUCCGACGAGCAUGAUGGAUGGUGCGGUGGAUGUGGAGAGAUUUAUGUUGCCUAAGAGCAUAUCUGUUAGGUCUAAUGGAUAUCUGAAGAUGAUGAGUACUCAAGCCGCAGCUGCGAGUCGUCGUGGUGAAAAAACUCCGGGACCAACUCGACCUGGAAAUGCCUCUCAACUCAGUGGAGAGGUGAAUGUGCAGCAGAAGGUGUACGUGCAAGGAGGGAAGGAAGAGGAAGAGCCGCUUGAACUGGAGGUGUACAACCAAGGCAUGUUCAAGACUGAACUCUGCAACAAAUGGCAAGACACUGGUGCCUGUCCAUACGGUGACCACUGCCAGUUUGCUCAUGGUAUUGAAGAGCUCCGCCCUGUAAUCCGCCACCCUUGCUACAAGACUGAGGUUUGCAGAAUGGUCCUUGCUGGUGAUGUCUGUCCCUAUGGCCAUCGAUGCCAUUUUCGCCAUGCACUUACUGAACAGGAGAAGUUCAUGAGCCACCUCAAGCCCAGGACCAGGUAAAGCUUGGGUGGUCAUCAUACCAGUUAGUUGCUGUAGA